CUGAGAGAAUCUAGAGCCAUUACUGCAGGCGAUGAAGAUCAUUUCAUGCAACGACCCCAACCUGAGCAACCUUCACUUUAUUAACAGUUCACAAGCACUAGUACUAUUAAUGGGGUGCAUAAGAACCGAAAUUAAGAACUUGGUAAUCACAGCUCCUGAAAGAAGUCCAAACACUGACGGGAUUCACAUUCAUUCUUCUCACAAUAUUAUUAUAAGGAACACGACUAUAGGAACAGGUGAUGAUUGUGUAUCUAUAGGAGAUUACACCUCCCGUAUGAAUAUCUCACAUAUUAAAUGUGGACCUGGUCAUGGAAUAAGCAUUGGAAGCUUGGGUAGAGGUGGCAAUUUUGUACAAGUGGAGGACAUUAGCGUGAGUAAUAUCUACUUCAAAGGGACUACCAAUGGAGCUCGGAUUAAGACUUGGCAAGUUAAUGGAAAUUCUAAAUAA